CCAACGCCGGCGAUUUCGGCGGCGUAGGAGAUGAAAGUUCGUAGAAAACUUGGUGGUGGUUGCGGCGGAGACGUUGUUGUUUCAUGGCGGACGUUCUUUUGGUUCGUGAUUCUAUUUGUCUUCUCCUUCGUUCUCUUCUCCACCAUGUUUAUCUUUAAAGCAGGGAAUUUACGUCCGGUGGUUCGUUCGACGAUAAGCUUCUCAACGGCUGUUACGGCGAGGGCGGUUCUCGGCGAGUCUAUUAUAUCGUCUUCUCCGGCGGUUACGAUUCGUGAAGCGGUGAAAUUACCUGAACAAACACUGGUUUUCCUAAAAUACCCUCAGUCUCUUCGGUUAUUUACAAAAGACGAUCUCAUUUGCGUUUUCUCCGGUUCGUCGAAGCUACGGAAAGUGUAUCCUACGGCUGUUGACAGAGACAAAUUCGGAGGUCAGAUCGUACGGUGUCCUGAGACGCCACGUGGAUACACCAUAUCGCUUGCUGUUUCGAGAUGGACGACGGAUGAUCAUCUCCCGGCUGGACCAACUCACCGGUGGGAUUGGCUGGUUUACGACGCCGUGAUCGACUACGAUAACUCUACGGUGGUUUUUGUCAAGGGGCUUAAUCUACGGCCGGGAAGAGUAGCUGACGUGUCGAGAUAUGAGUGCGUGUACGGCUGGGAUUUCGCGAAACAUAAUCGGUUAAUUAGAUCAGAUGUUAUCUCAGCGGCUCAGGAGAUUGUACGGUGUAGAACACCGUUAGCUGUGUUAGACGGCCCAAAAGCGGCCCGUGGGCCUGUUAAAGUCUCGGUUAGAAUUAAAGGAGGAACCGGUAUGCUUCCUUCUAUCGCUCAACCGGUUCGGAUCAUUAACCCGCCGCGAAAGAAACCGUUUCAAAUGUGCGUUUGUACUAUGACGCGAAACGCUACCGCGGUUUUGAGAGAGUGGGUGAUGUACCACGCCGGAAUCGGCGUUCAACGGUGGUUCAUAUACGACAACAACAGCGACGACGACAUAAUCGCCGAGAUCGAGAAUCUCGAAAGCCGCGGUUACAAUAUCUCGAGACAUUUCUGGCCGUGGAUUAAAACUCAGGAAGCUGGAUUCUCCAAUUGCGCGAUUCGUGCAAAGAGCGAUUGCGAUUGGAUUGCGUUUAUUGACGUCGACGAGUUCUUCUACAUCCCCUCCGGUGAAUCCCUAACUUCCGUCAUCAGAAAUUACACUAGCUCCGAUUCGAUUGGUGAAAUUCGAACUCCGUGCCAUAGUUUUGGACCGUCGGGUUUGAGAUCUCGGCCACGGGAUGGAGUCACGGCGGGAUACACUUGUCGUAUGGUGUUACCGGAGAGACACAAGAGCAUAAUCCGGCCGGAAGCGAUGAACGCGACGCUGAUAAACGUCGUUCACCAUUUUCACCUCAGAGAUGGAUUCACGUUUGCUGACAUGGAUAAGGAUAUAAUGGUAAUUAACCAUUACAAAUAUCAGGUUUGGGAGGUUUUCAAAGAGAAGUUUUAUCGGAGAGUCGCGACUUACGUGGCGGAUUGGCAAAACGAAGAGAAUGUCGGGUCGAGAGAUCGAGCACCCGGUUUAGGAACCCGACCCGUUGAACCACACGAUUGGGCUGAGAGAUUCUGUGAGGUGAAUGAUACGGGGCUUAGAGAUCAGAUCCAGAGAAUGGUGAGUGAAACACCAUCAAGAGUUACUAAUCGAUCCGGAGAUGGAUCGAAUGGAUCGAAGGAAGUAUCGAUCGCGAGAGAGAAGAAUGGUGAAAACGCAGAGAUUUUCAUCAGUCCAAGAUUCAAAUCAGCGGCGGCUAUGGCGGGUUGGGAUGAAGAAGAUCUGAUAAUCGCUAGCUUUGUGGUUGAGGAUACUCCUGAAAGAAGUUCUUCAAAGCGAAGGAGACGUUCCAAUUUGUUGUUUAAAUCAACCCCACCUUCAGGUUCUUCAAGAAGGAAGCAGCGAGUUAAUCAAAGUCUUGUUGCGUUACCUGUUAUUGAUCUUGAUGAAGUAAUCAGACAUGAAGAAGAGAAAUCUGCAGAGAAGAAGAAAAAGAAGAGAGAGAUGGAAACAGAAACACAAGAAGAGAAGAAGAAAAUAGAUGAAGAUGAGAAGAUUUUGUCAGAGCAGAACCCAAUUCCUGUUGUGCUUCCUUGCAUAGAUAAGCUUCGAGACGAAUUGUCUUGCGCCAUUUGUCUUGAGAUUUGCUUUGAACCUAGUACUACAACCUGUGGACACAGCUUCUGCAAAAAGUGUUUGCGAUCUGCGGCGGAUAAGUGUGGCAGGAAAUGCCCUAAAUGCAGGCAACUAAUAGGAAAUGGAAGAUAUUGUACGGUUAAUACGGUUCUUUGGAACACAAUCCAGCUUUUGUUUCCUAAAGAAGUCGAAGCACAGAGAGCUGCUGCUGCUAACUCGAAAGGCAAGGAAACACCGAGUCCUAGAAAUCCUAAUCAAAGGCUAAGAAGCAGAAACAGAGAAACUGCCUUGUUUCAAGAAAGGUUACAAAGAGAGGAUAUUUCAAGAUUGCUUGUAUCCGAAGAGAGAAGCGAGAGGAGCGAGAGAAGGAGGAGAAGCGCGAGUAUGAGGUUGGAUCAAGAUAGGGAUGCUGCAUUAGCAUUGCGGUUACAGCGGCAAGAGUUCGCAUCAGCGUUUGGCGCAACGACGGCUGAAACUUCUUCUUCAUCGGUUUCUACUCUGUCGCUAGCAAGAGCUAACCUGAGAGCUAUGGCGUCAAGAGCUGUUCGCAGGCAAGGAUGAUAUGUGCUCAUCAUCUUGAAUGACAUUCAUCAUCAUCUUUAGCCUGAAUCUGCCUCGGAUCAAAGGCAAUUUACACAUUGUACAACUACAUUAUUAUUCAGUUCCUUAUUCCUGACAUUUCCUUAGAAAUCCAUAGUCUGAUCAUGAAGAUUGUAAUCGAUCGUUAACAUGGAACAUUUCUUGGUAAUGAUGACAGGGAUGAGAAUGUGAGA